ACAAGAUAUUUACUGUGACUGGAGGGAAUGUUCAGCCUGAUGGCGAACUGUUUCCAGUGGAUGAAAGCAAGGCGAGAACCGCCAAAACAAGUAACCCUAGCCCUGAUUGGUCUUGACAAUGCAGGGAAGACAACAACCAUCCUAGGCAUUCAAGGAGAAUCACAAGAUGACGUUGCUCCAACUGUUGGAUUCGUCAGCACCAACUUCAAAUUUGAGAAGUUUGACGUCACCGUUUUCGACUUGGGCGGUGGGAAGAAGAUCCGUCCCAUCUGGAAGAGCUACUACGCUGAGAUCCAUGGGGUGGUGUUCGUACUGGACGCCAGUGAUGAGUCACGCCUUCGGGAGUGUCAGGACGUACUCCAAGAGGUCCUGAAGCAGGAACGAAUCGCAGGGAAACGGAUCCUCAUCCUUGCCAAUAAGCAGGACAAAGAGGGCGCUCUUGACGAAAUUGACAUCUGCGAUCAACUCAGUCUGGAGGACAUGGUGACUGACAGUAAAUGCCCAUGCCGUGUGGAGACUUGCUCAGCUGUGAAGGGAAUUGGGAAGAAGAUGGAUAAGUCUGUGAAUGUUGGGCUGCAGUGGCUGCUUCAGGGCAUCCUGAAGGACUGGCCUGUACUAACCGCCCGCGUCGCCAGAGAGCAGGCUGACCAGAAAGAAGCAGACGCUAUCGACAGAAAAGCCAAGACAGAAAGGAUACGGAAGAGAAAAGAAGAAAGAGAGCGUAAGGAGGCAGAAGAGAGGAAACGUCUUGGGAUUGAGGAACCUCAGGAGGAUGAAGAUGAGGAUGUUGUCAUGGGAGAUCCCUUCAAGGCUGUCGACAAGAAAACCCUCCAAAAGCAGGCAGAGAAAAAGAAGAACACUAAAACAGGGGGGAAGAAGGGAGAUAUAGAGAAUGUUGAGCCAGAGAAACUCAACAACAACCAAUCGGCAUCUUCAAGAGAUAUGGCAGCGGAGGAGAACAAUGACACAAACUCUCAAGUAUCCCAGAGUGCAUCCGGGGAGAGAAACGCAGAGGCUGAAAAACGACUUCGUAGCGAAGAAGCGGUGAUCGGAGACGAUAGGAACGAGAGAGGGGUACAUGCAAGGGCUGAAACAGAAAUACAGGCUGCUGGGUCUGACAACGCUGAUAUCGUCGUACCACAAGAAAAGAAGAAGAAAAAGAAGAAGAAAUUAAAGAAGAAGAAUAAGUUGGCGCCUUUACCUCUGGACGGAGGUCCAGAUGAGUUGGCUCCACCUCUAAGUGUUCCGUCCUGGGCAUCGACUAUGAAUCAACGCCCGCUGACAAGACCAAUCCACCAGCCGACACUAGAUCCCCUACCAGAGAGGAUAAGUCCAAGGCUCGGCCCCAUCGAGUCCAAAUCAUCAUUAAAUGGUGACAAGUUAAUUGGUAUUCCGUCAACAAGGACCCAGCCAAAUGUCGAUCAAGAUGACGACGUCAUAACAUGACGACCGUGAAUGAUUGAAGCGUCACCAAAGUCACUGCCAAAGAAAGAAACAAAUCUCUGCUAAUGAUG